AUGGGAUUGGUUUUCGAUUGGUUCGAAUCCCCCAAAACAACAGUCAUUCUCUGUUUUCAUAUGAACACUCUUCAUCAUCAUCCUCAAAAGCAGGAACAAGAAGAACAAGAAAAAGAAGGAGAAGCGAGACACGAAUGGGAUCUUUCUCUCUCCACCGUCGUCUCUUCUUCCUCCUCCUCUGCCUCAGACGUUGUCGGAGCUAUUGAGUUCGACCCGACUGAUAACAUCCUCGCUACCGCUGGAAUCUCUAGAAAGAUUCGUGUUUACGGCCUCACUUCUCUCUUACGGACCACCUCCGGAGUUAGCUUCGUCGAUCAAGCCACCGCCUGCGAGUAUUACAUAUGCACUCCGGCGAAGCUCAGUAGUCUCAGGUGGAGACCCGGGUCGUGCGGUCGGGUUAUCGGGUCGGGUGAUUACGACGGCGUUGUGACGGAGUACGAUCUCGAGAAGAGGACGCCGGUUUUCGAGCGGGACGAGCACGGAGGCCGCCGCGUAUGGAGCGUGGAUUACACUCGCCACGGUGUGGGAGCGUCGGGAUCAGACGACGGGACCAUGCAGGUGUGGGAUCCGAGAUGUCCGCCGGAGGAAUCCGUCGGCCUUGUCCGGCCGGCGGGGAGUUGCCGGAGUGCCGUUUGCUGCGUCGAGUUUGAUCCCUCCGGCGGACCCGCGGUGGCUGUCGGUUGCGCUGAUCGGAGAGGGUACGUGUACGAUAUGAGGAAACUCGUUGACCCGGCGUUGACUUUGCAAGGACACACGAAAACGGUGUCGUAUGUGAGGUUUCUCGACGGUGGUACGGUGGUGACGGCGGGUACGGACGGUUGUCUGAAGCUGUGGAGCGUGGAGGACGGGCGCGUGAUUCGGACAUACGAGGGGCACGUGAACAACCGGAACUUCGUGGGGUUGUCUGUUUGGAGAAACGGCGCGCUGUUCGGGUGCGGAUCGGAGAAUAACAGGGUGUUCGUGUACGAUAGGAGGUGGAGGAAGCCGGUUUGGGUAGACGGGUUUGAACCGGUUGGUAUGACUUCUGGUUCGGAUAAGCGGUUCGUGAGUAGCGUCUGCUGGAGGCAAUCGGGUGUGGACCAGUGCACACUAGUGGCUGGGGGAUCUGAUGGAGUGUUGCAGGUUUACGUGGGCAAAAGAAAGCCAUAAUACUGUUCUUGUUAAUUUUAUAAUUACUAUAUCCUUUUUUAUGAUUUAUGAUGAUGUUUUUUUUUGACUAAAAUUUAUGAUGAUGUUUCUUCUUAUUUUUUUUUUAGAUUUACUUUCCUGCCCGAGAUUGAUUUUUGCUGCACUUGUGAGAGCGUUCGAUCUGUCUUGUUUUUAUUUAUAAAGGAUUUUUACUUGUUA